CAUCCUAGUUGAAAAUCAUAUUGGUAAUAAAAUGUCGACUACUUCAACACAAAGCCUCCUGGGUCAUCUGACUCAACUUCGAUCAGAAAAACUCAACGCAUCCUUGGAAAUAUUAUGUGGAUUUCUUGCGACUGCAAUCAAAAACAACAGUGAGACUUAUUCACCAGCAAAUCAAUAUGAAAUACUUCUGCAUCAGGCUGAUGUCAAUUUCAAGAAAAAACAUUUUCGAAUAGCAGAGUCGGUUUAUCGACAAGCAAUAAAUGUGAGGAAAAAUGGUCUCAAACAGAAUCAAAAAAAUGUUUCUAGUUUCAAUAAAUUACCUUCAGAAGUUGAUGUGAAAUACAAAAUACAUGUUUGUUGUCAUAACAAUGAUGAUGAUCAUAAUGCGAUUAGUAUUUUGGAAAGCAUUCCAAUCAAGUACAGAACUGUAAAGAUAAACUAUGCUCUUGCUCAAAUUCAUCACAAGCUUGGAAGAAAAAGAUCGGCGAUAUUGUCAUACAAAGAUGUCUUAAAGAAGAUGCCUCUUGCUCUGGAUGUCAUAUUCAGCCUUCUGUCAUUGGGAGAAAGUAUAAAUGAAAUUUUAUCUAUUGUUUCCAAUGCUGCUCAAGGCUUAGAUUGGUUUUUACCUCUCAUAAAAGCCCGUGCAUUUUUACACUGUAAGGAAUACUACAAUUGUUAUUCUCACCUCAACAUAUUGAUGAAAAAAACUGCUAUUGCUGGUGAUGCACAGGUACACUGUUCUCUUGCAAAGCUGCGUGCUCGCACUGGGAACAACAAAUCUGCAAUCGUUUAUUUUGAAAGUGCAAGAAUGAAUAACCCGUUUCUACUUGAUGGCAUGGAUAUCUAUGCUUAUCUUUUAUAUGAAGAGGAUGAACACGAAAAAUUGGAUAAAGUGGCUUGUGAAUUAUUUUCCAUAACUUGCCAGCACCCUGCACCGUGGGUUACACUUGGAUAUCGAGCAUUGUCAAAGGGGGACUACAAACGUGUUGUAUAUCUAGCAGUGCAAGCAACUAAACUCGAUCCUGUAUGUGUCCAGGCCCUUAUAUUGAAAGGAUGUGCUUUACGUGCAAUUGAUGAAAUAAAAGAUGCUACUGCACAUUUCAGGGAAGCGUCUAGAAUUGAUCCCAACUGGUUUGUAUGUUAUAAGGAACUUGCUGAAACACAGUUGCAAAAUGGAAGAACAAAUGAAGCUAUUGCAGUUGCACAUAGCGCAUUGAAUACGAUUGGCUAUUUGACAAGUUGCUUAGUGCUCUGUGCAUCUGUACACAUGUGUGAUCAAAAUGGCAAGGACAAGGCCUUGAAUUAUGUCAACAAGGCACUGGUUUUAGAAGCAAACAACCAAUAUGCAAUCAUCGUAAAAGCAAAUGUUUUAUACAAAUAUGAAAAGUAUACGGAAGGAAUUAAGUUCCUGUCAGACACAGUUGAGUACUUCUCCAGCAGUCCAAUGCACACUAUACUUGGAAACUGUUACCAGGAAGUAAAAAACUAUCCGAAAGCGGUGGAACACUACACGAUAGCUCUGAGUUUGAAUUCGAACAAUAAAGAAGCAUCUGAAGGUUUGAAUAAAAUAUCGAAUCAACAACAAGACAUCAAUUUUGAAAGUGGGUCUUUGGAUACUGGUCAGCAAGGAGUUGAUGCAGAAGAGGGAAAUAGUGAUAGCGAUGCAAUGUAUACUGAAUGAUAUAUUGUUAAUCACAUGCAAUCAAAAUAUGAUGUCAUGUAUUUGCUAUUUUCAAUCUGAGCUGAUGUAAACUUGUCUUUGCGAUUUUUUUUUUUUUUUUCAAUAAAAAGUUCACAAUUUGCAGUUUUUUCUCCUAGUACAA